AUAAUAUACUAUAAUAAUUAUUCUUAUUAUAGCUUUUAAAAUAGUUACAAAAUUACUAGAUAUAGUCAAUAUUUGAUUGCGUAAUGUGCGUGUAAAGAAAAUACUUCUUUUAUAGCAAUUAACUUUUCUCUUUCUCUUAAUACUAACAUCACGGAAAUUAGUUGUGAAAGGAGUUGAUGUGUGAGUGCAUCUUCCACACAUCGAAGCCAAUUAACUUGAAAUGAUCCAAAGGGAAAUGGCACCAAAUAAGACGAGUAUAACAGGCAUAUUUUAUGCAUGAUUGCAUAUUUUUGUAUUAAGUUACAUAAUUUCUUUUUUUCUUUUCUUUUCUUUUUCUAUCAAUAUUUUAGAAUUUGACUGAACAUCAUCAUCAUCAUCAUCAUCAUCAUCUUGAACCAUAUGAUGAUAUUAAAGCCUCAGGCAGUGCUGUUAGUUCAGAAGAUAGUUGCUAUGGAAGUAAUGAUUUAUCAAGAUCAAGUUCAAGUGCACAUGGUGUUACAAGACCUCUUCUUACACCACAACAUCGUUCAUCAAGUCUUAGUUCAACUAGUGUUGAUUAUGCUGUUCCAGCUCCACGACAACAUUCUAUAUAUAAUAAUAAAAUUGAAAAUAUAAAUAUUCAUCCAUCGAUUAUUAAUACUAAUGAUAAUUUUCAACAGCAACAACAUCAUCUUAAAACAUUUCAUUCAUCAUCAAAUCAUUAUAAUUUAAAAACAACUGUUCAAUCAUUUACUCGACGACCUAUUGUUAAUUUACAGUCAACAUAUUUAACUUAUGAUACAAUUGAUGCACCACCAUCACUUCCGAAUCAAUCAUCGAAUUCAUCAUCAUCAUCAUCAUCAACAACAACUAGUACGACAUCAAGAGAAUACAGUAUUUGA